CCGGCAUGUUGGGUGUUGUUGGAGGUUUCCUGACCUCUCAGUGUGGACAGAAGUGGGACGAUGAAGAGGGUGAUUGAGUGAACAAAGUGUAACAGAGAUCCCGAGCAGUCAUGAGUAUCAGACAUGUUACCCGGAGACCAUUUACCUGUGGACGAGAAGGAAGAACAGAGCAACCUGACUAAAGGUGGUGGGUCUUUAAAAUCACCACAGGAAAUCCUCUUGACAUGUGACCCUGUUAGCAGAGGAAAUACCAUCCCCACUGACCUCAUCAGCACCCAGCCUCUACCUGCAUCACAGGGGGCAACAGGGCCGAGGAGACCUCAGUGUGACCUCCAAAAGCCCACCUGCCCACGAUGUGGCCUCACAGACCCGAACCACAGACUCUCCCCUCUUCCCCCAAGCCUGAACCGGCUGCAAGGCUCCAGCCUGUCGGUGCACAGCGGCGGCAGCAGCAGCAGCAGGAGGAGCAGGGGGAGCAGGGGGAGCAGGGGCAGAGGCAGUGCGGCCGGCUCACACCAACCUGCAGCUACACCAAGUGACUCCUGUUUUCACCUGCUGCUGGCGUGCCUGUCGUGCCAGUGCUCCGUGCUGCUCCUCAGUCUGCUGGAGGCCUGCUCCUCCUGUCUCCAUGCCCUCUGCUCUUCCUGCUGCCACGCCUGCGCCCGCUGCUGCUCGGCCAUCCAGGAGGCGCCUGUGGAGGAGCUCAACUGCCACGCCCACUGCCACUCUGUCAUGUUCGAGUCCUGCUGCGAGCCCACCGAGUGUCUCGAGUUCUGCCUGGAGUGCUGUGAGAUCUGCCAUCGCAGCUAGGAGGCAGAUGGGAGGCAGAGGCUAGGAGGCAGCUGGAACGACAGCUGGAACGACAGGCCUGAGGACUAACUUCUGGGAGACCAAUGUGGGAUAUGUUAGUAGUACAAUGACACUGCUCGUGCCCAAACAUCCGCUUGUUGAUCCCUCAAAGUUGUGAAGCACACAAACUGCCAUUCUUUGUGAUCACUGGUGUCUCUACUCAUUAUUUUUUCACCAUUUGCUGCUAAAAUAAUAUAUCUUAGUUCAACUUACACAAUUAACAGGAGAUUUGACUUCAGUGAAUCACAUUCUUCUUCAGUGAGGGGAAUAUUCUGUAUAUGCCGGAUAAAGCACUUAAGCAGUGGUUUGAUAUUUAGUGAAAUACUUCUAUUCAUUUUCUUGCUGAGAGUUAAAUAUGACGAUUGAUACCUGGGACUACAGCCAUGAGGCCAUUAGCUUAUCUUACCAUUAGAUAAGCUAAUGGCUUGUGUACAGGGGAAUAUUAAGGCAUAUGUGAAAAAAACUGCACGUUUCACAGCAUCUCUGUUUCAGUGGUAGUGGCUUGAGACGACAUUAGCCACUACUAGCAUAACACAUCCAAAUCUCCAAUGAACUGUUGACAGUCAAAUUGCUUUGUGGGUAACAUAGGUGCCAGGUUUUGACAAGGAAGAAGACUGUGUUGAAAAAAGACAACAUGUCUGAUUCUGCUGCAUAGAUUUGUUUUGUUUUUUUUAAAUGGUCCAACUAAGCUGACAGAGUAGUUCUAUAUUUUAAGUUCUAUGGUGUUGGAAUGCUGCAAAACAAAACCAAAAGGAAGGAAUAAAUUAAUUAUCUCAGAGGUGAUUUUUUUCAGAAUCAAGGACCUUUUGAAAUAUUAAAUGAAAUUUAUCAAGGUCAUUUGUUCCAUAUGAUAAACAUUCUUGGACUGACAGGAUGAAUAAAACUGAAGCCAGUGUGGGACUUAUUAGUACUGUAGUGCUGUUCACAUUGCAGCACAACCAAAUUAUUAUUUUUGGAUACCACAGAGAGACCAACACCGAUGUCUGAACAAGCUACAGUCAGUGCAUUCAAAAUUCAGGCCUUAUUGCACAGAAAUACCUUUUGUUUGUACAUUAUGUAGCAUUAAAUGACUUUGACCCUGCAAGACCCUGAACGAGAGGGGUCUACCUCUUUGCUCAUUCUUGUUCGGGUUCUCAUGUUGCAAGAUUGCAGGUUUGACUUCUCCCUGCACAGCUCUUUGCAGCUGAGGAACGGGGCGACACAAAACUUGUCAGCUCUCUCUUGAAUCCCUUUUCAUAUUUGUCAUAUAAAGCGCUUAGAACAUAAAAGGACGCUUAUUCUCCCCAGAUCUUGGAAGAUUGAAGCAGGCUCCUUUAAAGUUGCCACGCGAGAUGACAGCAGAGAGGCAAAGUAAACAGCCAAAAAUAAAACAAAGCUGCGAUAAAGACAACACUGUCAAUCUGUCCGGACGAGCCAAGAGGCUCAUUUAAAUCACGUUAGAGCGAAUAAAUCGAAUUUAAGUAUCUCUUUUGCCCACAACACAUUUGGAUUCUGCUAGUGACAAGAAGCAGUGGUGAUGUCUAAUUUAGAGCAUGGCGAGCGUACACCAACAAAUAAACACUCAGGUUUGUUCCACUUGUCCCCCUCAAUUUGUUAUACCCUUUACCCAGAGCGGAUGUCUACCUCCACAAAUCACAAACAGCUGAUAUUGUCAGAGUGAAUUCAGAUUCCUACAUAUGUUGCAGCCACACAGGUAAUAAAUUGUUUUAGCCAGAAAGCACGUAUUUGUCUUUGAACUCACCAUUAACAUAUAAAAUUAUUUUGGUGAAAACAAUGCCACAACUUUUCAUUUUAUGGUAGGAAAAACAAAAACAAAACUAACAGCUACAGUAAACACAACACUUUUCAGUUUUCUUUCUAUGAAUUGAUUAACUGACCAACAGAAAAUGAAUCAGUAAUUAUGUUAAUUGAUAUGAUUUAAUCAUUUAAGUCAUUUUACAAAUGAAAUUACCAAAUAUUCCCAAACGUCUUCUAAGUCUUAUGUGAUUAUUAGUUAAUCGAUAAUGUGUGAUUAGAAUAAUUUUAGUUGUUAAUAACAAAAAAAAAUAAUUUAGAAAAAGGGAUGAUGAAAAAUGACAAAAAAAAAAAUCUAUCAAGUUGCAACUAGUAACAGCUAGUUAAAAGAAAUUAUUUGCACCAUAACUGAUGACAUUUUGUUCCCUAUAUUAAUCAUUCAAUUUGAUCAGCUUGAAAUUUCAACAAUAAUCACUCUGAGACUGAGCAUCUUGACUUUUUCUUUCCUCUCCAUACUGGAUCUGUCACACUGCACAGAAGGUUAACUAAUCAUGUUUGAAAAUCCACUACCAGAUAGUUUCUCCCUGUAGAUUAGACAGGAAACAGUCGAGGGUUAACAACUUGGGCAAUUAGGUGUAAUUUGCUGAUUAAAUUAAAUUAAAUUAAAAAGUGACCAUUUCUAUUCUCCGAUUUUGCAGCUUUGCACACUUAUUGACAUGGCUUUAAAAAUGUUUGACUUUUCUUGUAUCAUUAUUUUGUGUCAUGCUUUCAUUUGGGUGACAGUCAAAGUUUGAGAAAUGCAUUUGCAAGUUUGUAUCAUUGCGGCAAGAUUUAUAAAUAAAAUGGCCUGUUCAGUUGACAACCUCA